AUGUCAUCCAAAACUGAAGACGACUUCUGGAACACUAGUUCAUCAUCAGGAUUCAAUUUUGAUGAUGAAGAAUUUCAGGAGACCAGUGAGCCAUAUAAAGAUUUUGUAUUCAGUUCCACUCUAGAAGAAAGCAGUAUUUUUCCAAUUCAUUCUCUCAUUUCAAAAACCUGUUUAGAUCUGAUUUUGGAUGAUGUCAAAUCAACCAAUGAAUACAUCAUAUCACCAGUUGGAGAGACUAUCAAAAAAAUGUCUAAUGGUCAGACUUAUUCUCUAGAAAUAUAUAAAAGAUUUAUUGAUAAAAUGUUAUUACUGGAUGCUGCUUUAGGGACCAUGGAUGGAAAUAUUAUAUUGAAUGUGAUAUUAUUUUUGAAGACAACUUUAUGCCAAAAUAUAUUUUAUCAUCAAUUAUCUAAAAGAAAAUUAGCUGUGAGGCAUUAUGCUAGUCACCUUAUUGUCAAAAAUAGUCUGUCAGAUUUGGCUGAACUGUACAUGGCAACAGGACAUAAUAGCUUCUUGAAACAGGUGUACCAUCUGAAGGGAAGGGGUAUUAGAAAUAAGGAGACUCACUAUAAGGUACUAGAAAAUGUCAUGAUAGAAAAUUUACAACUCAGUAAUGAUGAGAAACAAGAACUCAAUGAACAUUUGCAAUUGCUGAAGUGGCAAAUUGAUAAGAAUGGGAACUGUGCUUCCAUUAUUGAACAGCUAGCUGUUCUUUGUAGAACUGAAUGGGAGAGAAACAAAAACUCCAAUGAUGUUAUUAUGGAUUUCAAGAAACAACUCAAAAUUGAUGAUUUUGCUUUUGAGUGGACAGCAAUGAAUGUAUUAUCAUCUAUGCAGCUGUGGACUCAAUUAACAGGUUUUUUCAUGAAACCAAACUGGUUAACUAAGAGACAUUCUCUCAAAACAGUGAUGUGUCCAGAAAUAUUUGUACAUGGUCUUAGUAGGCAUCAGCCUCCCAAAGAUGUGUUAGAGCAGUAUCUAAAUUCUGUAUCAGAUUCAGAGAAAAGUCUAUACCUGGGUAUCAAGUUGAACUGUCACAAAUUUGUCAUUCAACAGUAUAUCAAUCAGAAGGACAGACUUGCUUUGAUUGCCUAUAAAUCCAAAGUUUCUCCACAGAAUCAAGAAUAUUUCCUUAUUGAAAAUGCUCUUCAAUCCAGUGACAAAAAAUGGAAGAAUUGA